AUGUUUGGAAGCUUCCUAGUCAUCCCUCACCAGGCGGCCAGCGCCUCGGCUUCACACGCCUUAAGCAGAGCUCUCCAGGGAGGAGCCGGUUAUGAUGGCUACGAUGAUGAAUACAGUUGUCCAAUUUCAGAUGAAGAUAGGGUCGUUGAUGAGUUAGAGAAUCAGAUGAGAGAAGGUGGUGUUAUUGUUGAUUACCAUGGCUGUGAUUUCUUUCCGGAACGCCGGUUUCAUACAGCUUUUGUGUUGAGAACAGAUAACAGCAUACAGCACAAAAGACUUGAAACAAGGGGUUACGAUGAGAAGACGCUACAAGACAACACGCAGUGUGAGAUUUUUCAAGUUCUUUAUGAAGAAGCCAGAGCCUCUUAUAGAGAAGAAAUUGUGCAUCAGCUGCCCAGUAAUGAACAGGAACAGCUGGAGGAUAACAUCAACCAAAUCUCAAAAUGGAUGGAGCAGUGGGUCAAAGAUCUUAACUCUUGA